AUGUCUACCACCAUUUCCAGACCAGGCAAAACUGCGGCCACAUCGAUCCCUUCUGGCUCCAUUUCCAAAGACUAUCCAUGGCAUCCUUCACUGGAAGCUGUGUACGAGCCGGGUGUCAAGCUAGGACGCGGCUGCUUUGCGACGGUUUACAAGGCCAAGCGUCGCUCCGACGCUGUACAAGUUGCUAUCAAGGCGGUGGAAAAAAAUAAGCUCGAUGGUGACACCACUGCCCUUCUCCGCAACGAACUUGAAGUCUUGCAGGCCGUAUCGAAGCACCCUGGCAUCGUCACGUUACUCGAUUCAUUGGAUACGGAGGAGCAUAUGUUUUUCAUUAUGGAAUACGUUGACGGCGGGCCUCUGCUGGAUCGCAUUGUAAGCAGAGGCAGCUUUUCUGAAAAUGAUGCACGCGUACUAUUGCGCGCCACGCUGCUAACGCUUGAGUUUCUGGCCAAUUUAGGCUGCGUGCACCGCGAUAUUAAACCGGAGAACAUCCUUGUCGACAACUGCUCCGACAAGUGGCCCGUAAAGCUCACGGAUUUUGGGUUUUCAGAAAAAAUGCAACCAGACGAGCUCCUUUAUCAAACGAUGGGCACUCCACUCUUUGUCGCCCCGGAAAUUUUGAAUGGCCGCGGAUAUGACUGCGCCUGCGAUAUGUGGAGCUUGGGCGUUGUCCUUUAUUUGGUCUUGUGUGGUUAUCCGCCGUUUCCAUCUGAUAGUCCUAAUGUCCUCGUCGAAGCGAUUGUCAAUGGCAAUUACUCUUUCCCAGCUCCCGAAUGGGACCACGUCUCCGACGAUGCCAAAGAUGCUCUAAGAAGGAUGCUAGAAAUCGACCCACAUCGCCGUAUUACUCCGACCGAGGCAUUGGUUCAUCCGUGGUUCCGGGCCGCCCAAUCAACCUCUGAUUUACCGAACAGCAAACUCAAAGAGUUCAAUGUAGCUCGUAAAUUCAAGGCGCUUUACGUGGCUGUGCGUACUACACAAAGCUUUUGGAAAGUUCUCGAUCCAAAUCGCAAGAGAGAACAGGAUCCAGUAUCACAUGAGAAGCUGCAAGAAGACGUCGAAAGAAAUAGAGCUAUGCUGGAAAGACUUAAACUGAAUACGACAAAAAUGACUGUUCCCGAGACCAGCAGUGCCCCGGGUUCCUCUAAACCAAAUGCGGCUUCCCAAUUUCCUUUCACGCCACUCAGACACAGCCGACGCUCUCUUGUCCUUCCGGUCAGUGCUCUUGACUCUACAUCAGAACGAUCCCAUGGCGGCGGUGGACAUCAAGUGAAGCAGUCCACAGGCUUCAAAUCUUGGAAUUCCCAGAUGAUGUCUUCCCGAGCAGAGGAAUUGGUGGCCCAGGCGAAUGGAAGCUUGGCUGAAAAAGACAACCUCAAUCCUUUCUUUCUGGACAACAGCGUCUCUACGGAAAACCCUGUAUCGUCAGGGAGAAAAAGACUUGCCAAGCUAGAUUUUAAUGGACUGCUGUGAGAGGAAAGUACAGUGUCAAGCAAGUCACGGUGCGCGUGGUGCAGCAGUUGCUGUAACAAGACGCGUUGAAUGAGGCGAAGGGCUGCAGACAAGAGUGAAAUCGCAACCUUGGACUCUUAACAUUGUAUUGAACAUUCUGUCGAAGGAAAAGUGCAACAGCUACAGUCUAGCUUGCAUGGACGGCAGCGGGAGACGAGGAAUGGUGUCCUCACACCGUUGGCCUUGACCUGUCUUCCGGACACGGACACUAGAGCCUGUUCAAUACAAACGAGGAUUGAUCGGGUAGAUGUACUAUCACAUCGCGAUAGGUCGUGUAGGACUACCUGGUUCUUGUCUUGUACCACUUUGACUCGUCUUCAUAUCUCCUCGACAUCAGUCAUAAGGAGAAAAAAGACGCCAUCGCGUGGAAGGCAAUGCCCAUUUUGCUGUGCCGAAUGUGUUUGCGUAUUCAGGUUUGGUAUGCACGAGGAAAAUAACGUGGCUCAUGUGAAGUGAGAGUUUACAUUAACUCCUACCUCCGAUGGGGUCAACCACUACAUUUUCAAGUAGUUGACAGCGUGUUGUUCACCAGAAAGGCUCAUGAUGACCCCAAAGCAUGUCCCGAACCCCAUUGAUGUUUCGACCUGGAAAUUGGCAUCGUGAAUCCGCUUCGCACCCCCGAGGUAGUCGCAGCACCGCUUUGCCUCCCAGACGCACUUCCAGUUCGAGAUGAACCACCGAAGCCUCUCGCCGCAGGCCCAGACUCCAUGACUGGCGAUACUCUUUGCAAAGUGGUGAGGGACCCAAGAGUGUUUUGAAUCUGAUCGAUGAGACGUUCAAACCAGAUGGGAACGAAGAUUAGAUUCUUGCCUUGCGGCAUAGUAGGGUAGACAGAGUCGAAGAAAUAAUAUAAAUGACCGCCGAGAAGUCCUA